AUGGCAGCUCGGCCGAGGGGCGGAGACUCCAGAGGAUUCCUCCGUAUCGCCAUUCUUCUGGGGUCCUUCUGGGAAGUCCGAGCAGGACAAAUACGCUACUCCGUGUCCGAGGAGACAGACAAAGGCUCCUUUGUGGGGAACAUCGCCCAAGACCUGGGACUGGAACCCCGAGAGCUGGCGGAGCGCGGAGUCCGCAUCGUCUCCAGAGGUAAGUCGCAGCUUUUCGCUCUGAGCCCGCGGAGCGGCAGCCUGGUCACUGCGGGCAGGAUCGACCGCGAGGAGCUCUGCGCCCAGAGCGCGCGGUGCCUGGUGAACUUCAACAUUCUGAUGGGAGAUAAAAUGAAUCUCCACCCGAUUGAAGUGGAAAUAAUGGAUGUUAAUGACAACGCUCCGAGAUUCCUGUCCGAAGAGAUGAACGUAAAAAUCAUGGAGAACACUGCUCCUGGGGUGCGCUUUCCGUUGAAAGAGGCGAGAGAUCCUGAUGUGGGUGCAAACUCCCUGCAAAGCUACCAGCUCAGCCCCAACCGUCACUUCUCCCUGGACGUGCAAACUGGGGACGAUGGAACCAAGUACCCGGAAUUGGUGCUGGAAAGGGCGCUGGACCGGGAGGAAGAGGCGGUUCACCAUCUCCUCCUCACGGCCUCUGACGGAGGCAACCCACUCAGAUCCGGCACCUCCUGCAUCCAAGUGACAGUGGUGGACGUGAACGACCACUCGCCAGUCUUCGCUCUGCUCCAGUACCAAGUGACUGUGCCUGAGAAUGUGCCCGUGGGCACAACAUUGCUCACCGUAAAAGCUAUAGACCUCGAUGACGGGAUCAAUGGAGAAGUGACAUAUUCUUUUUGGAAAAUAACUAAAAAAAGUCUACAAGUAUUCCAACUGAACUCCCUUACGGGAGAAUUAUCAACUUUACAAGGCCUUGAUUAUGAGGAAUCUGAGUUCUAUGAAAUGGAAGUUCAGGCUCAGGAUGGCCCGGGUAGACUGACGAGGACCAAAGUUCUGAUCACACUUUUAGAUGUGAAUGACAACGUUCCGGAAGUGACGGUAACGUCGGUAAGCAGUUCCGUCCCUGAAGACACGCUUCCUGGUACAGUAAUCGCUCUUUUCUACCUACAAGACCGAGAUUCCGGGAAAAAUGGCCAGGUGACCUGCACCAUUUCAGAAAAUCUGCCUUUUAAAUUAGAAAGGUCAAUCGACAAUUAUUAUAGAUUGGUGACAGCGAAACACCUGGACCGGGAGAGACUCUCAGCAUAUAACAUCACAGUGAAAGCCACAGAUGGUGGAACGCCUCUCCUGUCCACCGAAACUCACAUCUCUAUACUGGUGACAGACACAAACGACAACCCACCCACCUUCUCCUACGCCUCCUAUUCAGUCUUCAUCUCGGAAAACAACCCUCGAGGAGCUUCCGUCUUCUCCGUGACCGCCCAAGAUCCUGACAGCGACAAGAAUGCCCAAGUUACUUACUCCUUGGCUGAGGAUACCUUACAGGGAGCGCCUGUGUCCUCCUAUGUCUCUAUUAACUCUGACACUGGCGUCUUGUAUGCCCUGCAAUCCUUUGACUAUGAGCACUUGCAAAACUUGGAACUUAGAGUGACAGCACGUGACAGUGGGGACCCACCACUCAGCAGCAACGUAUCGAUACACCUGUUCAUUCUGGACAAGAACGACAAUGCGCCUGAGAUCCUGUACCCCGCCAUCCCCACUGACGGUUCCACGGGCAUGGAGCUGGCUCCUCGCUCAGCAGAACCCGGAUACCUGGUGACCAAGGUGGUGGCGGUGGAUCGCGACUCCGGACAGAACGCUUGGUUGUCCUACCGCCUGCUCAAGGCCAGCGAGCCAGGGCUCUUUGUGGUGGGCGUGAACACUGGCGAGGUGCGCACAGCACGGGCAAUACUGGACAGAGACUCCCUCAAGCAGAGCCUGGUAGUCAUAGUCCAAGACCAUGGCGAGCCCACUCUCUCAGCCACUGUCACCCUCACUGUGGCGGUAGCCGACAGCAUUCCUGAUGUCCUGGCCGACCUGAGUAAUUUAGCGUCUCCCAUUGACCCAGAUGAUUCUGGCCUCACGCUCUACCUGGUGGUGGCCGUGGCCGCUGUAUCCUGUGUGUUCCUGGCCUUUGUCAUCGUGCUGCUAGCACUCAGGCUGAGGAAGUGGCACUCUAAGCGUCUGCUCCAAGCUUCAGGUGGCCCACUGGCGGGUGUGUCAGCCUCGCACUUUGUGGGGGUGGAUGGAGUUCAGGCUUUCCUGCAGACCUAUUCCCAUGAGGUCUCACUCACCGCAGACUCCCGGAGGAGCCACCUGAUCUUCCCGCAGCCCAACUACGCGGACACGCUCAUCAGCCAGGAGAGCUGUGAGAAAAGCGAUCCCUUGUUAACAGCCAUAGAUUUUCAGGAAAGUAAGGAUGAAGCCGCAAAUACUCAGCCGCAGCGCCCUUUUCAGGACAACCCUAUCUCAGACUCGCUAGCGUGGGCAUUUCACCACUUCUUCCUCUGGAAAAGGAGGAUUCCGGACGCUGACUCUUGGGACUAA